UUUAAUUUCUAACUUACGUAUACGCAUCUUACCUUUUUUUUUUUUUAAAAUAAAAAAUAAAUAAAUAACUUUAUAAGUAUAUUUUCUUUGGGUUGCAGAGAGCAAAAAAAAAAUAAAGUUGGUAUAGGAAAGAUGGCUUCAACAGUGUUACUAGUAGUUAUUUUUGUGUUUGAUCUGAUUGCUUUUGGACUUGCUGUUGCUGCUGAGCAGCGGAGAGCUACUGCAACUAUCAACAAAGAUGCAGAGUAUAAUUACUGUGUGUAUGAAUCAGAUGUUGCAACUGGCUUGGGUGUGGGUUCAUUCUUAUUCCUUUUGGCUAGUCAGCUCCUCAUAAUGUUUGCAAGUCGAUGUUUAUGCUGUGGGAGGGCACUCCGACCUGGAAAGUCAAGAAAAUGGGCUAUUCUCUUAUUUAUCACCUGCUGGGUCACAUUCUUUAUUGCUGAAGUGUGCUUACUGGCAGCUUCCGUUAGGAAUGCCUACCACACGAAGUAUAGGACUUACUUGACACAACAUCCUCCGUCCUGUGAGGAGUUGAGAAAGGGAGUCUUUGGUGCUGGCGCUGCUUUCAUUGUUUUCACUGGCAUUGUCUCCGAGCUUUUCUAUGUCAGCUACUCCAAGGCCGAUGAAGGAUCCAUUCCUUCUAGAAUGGAUGGUGGUAUAAGGAUGAAUGCUUUCAGGUGAACCCAUUGAGGAGGAGACUUUGCUUGUACACUCACUAAACUUUGCAUUGACCUUGAGAAUGUGAUUUUCCCUAUUGGGUUGGUGAUUUGACUUCAACAGAAUUAGAGAUUCUGAUUAUAUGUUGUGACUGAUGUGCAUCCUUCAUCAUUGUCCAAUAUUGCUGAGUAAGGGAUAUAGAUAUAGAUAGGUAUCCUGCUACUUGUAAGUUCUGUUAUACAAUGUUGUUGAACAGAGUGUUUUUUGGGCCUGAUCUACUGUUCCUGUUGUCAUU